CAAACCGCUCACAGGCAGAAGCUACUCAGUGUAAACUUGAAUAUAUUAAACUUUUAAAGAAGAACCACAAACACCGGAUACACUCAAGAAGAGGAAAAGACCAACUUAGAUAGUUUUUAAUAACUUUUUUUCUUGUUUUUUUGUGCCUUUUUUUUCGCUAAACCGGAACAAAGAACUCGCCGCUUUGUAACUUGGGAGAAAGGCUUUUUUUCCACAACAACCUAAACUUCCGUUUUCCUGCCGUACAAGCUUUAUGUAUUUGGAUUUAAUAUUUCUGUCCCGCCGUCCUACUAUGGUCAUAAUGGAGGUUCCCACCAUCGACUGUGAGUCUCUCCGUGGUUUGUUGGAGGACAGCGUCCCGGGCUGCCUGGUGCUGGACUGCCGCUCCUUCCUGUCCUUCAACUCGUCCCACAUAUCGGGCUCCACCAACGUGCGCUUCAGCACCAUAGUGCGCAGGAGAGCCAGGGGUGGUCUCGGACUCGAGCACAUCGUCCCUAACGAGGACACAAGGAACCGGCUCCUGUCCGGGGAGUACCAGUCUGUGGUGCUGCUGGACGACCGCAGCUUUGACCUGAGCCAAGCGAAGAAAGACGGGACAUUGAUGCUUGCCGUUACGGCCCUGUGUCGCGACCCCUGCGGAGUCAGUGUUUUCAUCCUGAAAGGUGGUUUUGACGCAUUUUCCACAGAGUAUCCAGAUAUGUGUACCAAACCCUCCCCCCCACAAGGGCUCAGUUUGCCCCUGAGCUCCAGCCACCCUGAGAGUGCGGACCCGAGCUGUAGUCCAUGCAAUACUCCUUUAUAUGACCAGGGCGGUCCCGUGGAGAUCCUGCCUUUCUUGUACCUUGGCAGUGCUUACCACGCUUCUAGAAAAGACAUGCUGGACAUGCUUGGGAUCACCGCUCUUAUCAACGUCUCUGCCAACUGCCCCAACCACUUCGAGGACUCCUUCCUCUACAAGAGCAUCCCCGUCGAGGACAACCACAAAGCCGAUAUCAGCUCCUGGUUCAACGAGGCAAUCGAGUUUAUCGACUCUGUGAGGAAUAAAGGAGGCCGUGUGUUUGUGCACUGUCAAGCAGGCAUCUCCCGCUCCGCCACCAUUUGCCUCGCCUACCUCAUGAGGACCAACCGCGUGAAGCUGGACGAGGCCUUUGAGUUUGUCAAGCAGCGCCGCAGCAUCAUCUCUCCCAACUUCAGCUUCAUGGGGCAGCUCCUUCAGUUUGAGUCCCAGGUCCUGGCCUCGUCUACCUGCUCCUCAGAGGCGGGCAGUCCAGCCAUCGGCAACAGCAGCACAGUCUUCAAUUUCCCAGUCUCCAUCCCUGUACACGCCUCAGCUGGUCAGCUCUCAUUCCUCCACAGUCCCAUCACCACCUCUCCCAGCUGCUGAGGAAGGUGUGGGGCGCUCAGACAUGACUUGAACUGCAACUCACAAGUGACUCAGCAAAGAGCACUGCACAAAACCCCAUUUGUAGUCCAUUUUAUGGUGAUACUGGUAUCACUGGACAGAAUGGGAACUAGUUGUUUGGGAUUAGUUCCUUUGCUGGCCAAAUUUCAGUCAGUUGGCCUCAUCAUUUCAAAGGGACAUGUGAUAACUACCAUCAGGCAGUAUUCAUGUUUAACCUCCUAAAUGUGAAAGUCAUCCACAGUUUUAAUCCUAGAUGACCUGGGAAAUGGCUGAAGACGGUAGUUAUUCCUGUAGAGGAAGUUCGAAGUAUCUGAAUAAUCUUUAUUCAAAGGACUGAUUGUUUUUUUUGUUUGUUUGUCUGUUUUUUUCAGGAUGGUAACUGCUUUUGAUAAUCACAAUCAUUUUUAAGCAAACAAAAGAGAGGGCUAACAGUUGUCUCAGGAAUGUUGAGUUAUCCUCUCAGAUGACCUUUUUGCUUUCUGUACUGGUUAAAGAAAGCAGUAUGAACCUAUUGCCCAAUGUGGCAUGGAAGUAACUCCUCCAUUUGACGAACAAUGAAUGUAUUCCCCCCCUUUUCAGUGUAGAUGUGGCAGAAAUCUUCAUGUUCAGUUUGAGAGUUGAAUGGGUUGCCAAUUCAAAUGCAAAUACCUGCCUUUCAAGACAUCAUGAAACCUUGACGAUCCUGACACAAUGGGGAAACGGACCAUUAAAUACCUCAUGUUUCUGUACUGUGUACUGCAGCGCUGCGACGGACUGAACCCCAAAACUACUAAAAAGGGGACACGUAGUCCUCAGUGGCUGCAUUCUGACAUAUUUAUUGAACUAAAGUAAUAUAUUUCUUUAUCAUAUCUAUUUUUGCAUAUGUUUGUUUAAAUCUUGUUUUUAUACCGUUUAAUAAAUCUCAUUUGACUUUUGUA